AUGUUUCCAUGAAAAACUGAGGCUGCUGGAUGUAUAUUUGUUGUGCUGUUAGACAUUUUAUAAAGAAAUAAUGAUUCCAGAGGAUAUUCAGUCAAUGCUAGAUAAAAUAUGUCGGUCUUGUAUGUGCGAGCGCGAGGAAAUGAAUAAUAUAUUUGAAAAAAACGGAGGAGAAACCAUGCUUCUCUCUGAUAUGCUUAUGGCUUGCACAUCUUUAGUGAUUGUUUCUGGGGAUGGGUUGCCUAAUUUACUAUGUAAUAUAUGUCAAAAUAAACUCAGUUCUGCUUUUGAGUUUAAGCAGCAGUGUGAGAAAUCAGACACAGCAUUAAGAGAAGUAACACAAAAAAACGAACAUCAUCAAAAAAUAGAUAUAAUUGUUCAGCAAGCAGUCUACAAUGAUGAUGAGGACGAUGUACCUUUGCUUAGGAGAAAAAGAGGACGACCACUAAAAUCUGAAAUGUCACUUCAGUGUAAAUAUUGUUUACGAGUCAUGCAAUCCAAAAAAGCAUUAGAAACCCAUUUAAGACACCAUGCUGGUGAUGGCAUGAGAUAUUGCCCAAUCUGCCCAUUAAAAUAUUCUCGAACAAAUCAUCUGGUGAGACACAUGAAAAAACAUGACAAAGAAGGAUUAAAACAUCAAUGCCCUUUUUGUUCUGAGAAAUUUGCUAUUACUGGUGAGUUAUUUAAACACAAGCAAUCCCAUUUAGAGUAUGUAGAAGGCCAAAGUUGUUCAAAAUAUAGUGAAAAGCACAAAUCAAGUGUCAAAGUGGAAAUUAAAGAGGAACAGAAUGCAGAUAUCGAGAACUUUGGAACAAAUCAUACCAGCACGGGAGAGAAUGCGUCUGAUGUACCAGAUGAUAAGGAUGAGAAGUCACAAGGAGAUGCAGAUGGAGAUAGCAUGGAUGUACCUUUAAAUCAGUUUCCAUUUAGUGACGGUGAAGAUGAUGAUGGCAAUUUUGAAUUUGAUAAUGAAGAUUACAAUGAAUUGGAAAACAAGGCAGAAGGCAAUAAUAUGUCUAAAGCUAAUGAUGCAGUUUCGUUUGAGUGCAAAGAGUGUAAUAAGGUUAUGAAUUCUUAUACUGGUUUAAGGAUACAUAUGAGGAAGCACAAUGGAUCAGAUCUAGCAAACUGUAAGCUAUGCGAUAAACUGUUUACCAAGAAAAGUCACCUAAAUAGACACUUACGGACUCAUGGCGUGAUAAGUGCAAAACUUUCUAAAAUUAAAGGCGACAAAAAGGUUAUGGAAUGCGAGUUUUGCGACAGAAAGUUUAAGUACCGGAAAAGUUUCUCCCAUCAUAUGCGAGUCGAGCACGGCAUGUCGGACAACGAUAGCGAUUUGGACGAUACCAAGGAUAAUAACGAGCAGGCGGACAAUGUUCUCUCCAACAAUAACGGCGGUGCUGUCAAAGAAGACCGAGACCAGGCGGAUGUGGAUCAACAGGCGACUUACGAGUUUGCCGAACCGAACGUCCCAAAGGCCGAACAGGUCGAUAACGACGAAGAAAAAUUCGUUAUCGAGAAUAACAUAGAUCGGGAAGACGCGAGUAAGAAAUCGAAGAAAACGAGGGUGCAUACAUGUCACGUGUGUCUCGGUGAGUUUGCCAGAGCGAAUCACCUGACCAGGCACAUGACCCUGCAUAGGGCACUCCUAACUCACAAAUGCGAUCGUUGCGAUCAGGCGUUUUUCUCGGACGAACUGUUAAAAAAACACGUGGAAGAGCAGCACAUUAACAAGCCCUACGUCUGUACAGUAUGCAACAAGCAGUUUAGCCGCGGGGAGCAUCUGAUACGUCACUUGAAGUUGCAUCAGUCGACGAGCGAUGAGACGCAGCUCAAGUGCUCGAUCUGCGAGGCGGUGUUUCCGAGAUCGGAUCACCUCGCCAGGCACACCAAAGCUCAUUUGAUGCAAGAUAAGAGACACGUCUGUAUAGAAUGCGGCAAAGCGUUCAACAGGUUGGAUAAUUUGAAAACUCAUCAGAGGAUACAUUCGGGCAUCAAAGACACCUCCAAGUUGCAUUUAUGUGUGUAUUGCGGAAAAGAAUUUAACAAUUCAAGCAAUAUGAUUGUUCACAUGAGACGUCACACUGGAGAACGACCUUACAAGUGUGGGGAGUGCGGAAAAGGUUUUCCUAGAUCGCACGAUUUGAAAUGCCACGAACGGACGCAUUCCGGAGAGAAGCCUUAUUUGUGUACGCUAUGCGGGAAAUCCUUCAACAAAAGCAACAAAUUGUUAAGACAUAGCCGCGUCCACACCGGCGAACGACCAUACGUGUGUAACAUAUGCGGUCGGGCGUUCACGCAAUCAAACGAUUUGGCUUUGCAUAUGCGCAGACACACCGGGGCACGGCCGUACGCGUGCGGCGUUUGCCCUGCACGGUUCAUCCAAUCCGGCCAAUUGAAAAACCAUAGAAGAACCACCGGACAUUGGAUGGAAACCCAGCCCGAUCUUAAGGGGGGUCACAGGGUUGAACCGGUGACAUCGGCGGCGGAACCGAUGCCCAUUAAAUUCAAAACCUUCGGCAAACCGAAAGCGGAGAGGGACGCGGAAGAUAUCCAGAAGAGCGGGCUGUCUCAGUCGCAGUCCGGCAAUCAGGAUCAGGUGCCGCCCCAGAGGAUCCUGAUGGGGAUCAUGGGCAAUAUCAAGCUUCCCAACGAGAUGCAGUCCAUUAUCAUAGAUAACGGGAAAAUCGUCGAUUUGCAAGGUACGAGUUUGGGAUUGGUGACGUUACCGUCGGUCAUUGAGGGGUCCAACGGCGAAGAAGUAAAACUGAAAACCGAGAUUGGCGGGUUCAAUAUCGCUCACGUGGAAGAAGAUCCCGACAAGCACGAAGUGAUGAGUACGACCAGCACUUAUCACGAGGGUUCGGAUUCGGUCAGUUAUUCGACGGUACCGACGUCGACGACUUACAGCGAGGCGGAGACUUUUGCCUUUCAAACGUUUCAUUAAUUUUUUCGGUUCGACUUCGGUCGAGUUCAGUUACCCUGUAGAUAUUUUGGAAGCCGUUUUUUUGUUUGGGCUAGGCGAAGAUGUAAGGAUCUCGAAAAGUAAAACAAAAAUGGUUUAAGUAUUCAAAAGUUUAAUUUCCACAAAAAUUAUAGUAUUUACCAUUUACAUUUGCAUUGCAUUUUAUUCUCUAUAAACCAAGAUACCUACCCCCGAGGACCUUCAUAGCUUUAUUUGUUUGUUAUCUGAAUAGACUUCACAGCUUUCAUAGUGACUUCUUGGUGUAGCUCGUUGCCUAUGGUUUGGUUACGUCCAGCAGAUGGAAACAUAUGUGCUUAGCAGUUCUGCUGUAAAUUUGGCUCUUGGACUGCUGACGAAUUUCUUGGCCUCUCAUGUCUUUUCACCAUUUCCGGGAUUCUAUUUCCAUCGAUUUUUUUUAUUACAGAUUUUGCAAUUGGUUUAGCCACCCACGAAAGGGUUCUGAUCCAACCAUGCGCCCUGACGAGCCUUCGCGGGCUACUUGGAGACUUAUUUUCGCUCGGCUCUUGAUGUACGUGGCGAUUGUUUUAUUCCUCUUCCUAUGUUCAAUCCCGGUAAGGUUUCGCAAUGCCUCCUUAUCCGAGAUACGGUGUUGCCGCUGUGUCCUAAGCCAAUUUGUCUGCCAUUUUGUUGCUCUCAUUACCUACAUGUCGCACCCAGACUAAAUUGACAGAAUGACAUUCUGCCAGUCCUGUCAAGUAGCAAUCCUGAGCUCACCCUCUCAAAUAUAGAUGUGCUUGUCCGAGUACCCUCUCGUAAGCACACACCAGAUCUCAUAGAUUUCUAGAAUGUACUGAGAUGGACCCCAGAGGAACAGAUAUCUGUGCCCUAGAGAGCUGCCACAGUUCCUGUUCCUAUUCCAGUGUCUGUGUAUCAAACUAGCACAGCCGUCCUUUGUAGGGAUUUCCACUGGAAGCAUAAGGUAGCCUCAUUCCUGCCCCUCUUCACAGAGAGGGUUAGUUACCGCCUAAGACAAAUGGCAGAUGGCUUUCUGUCCUCAGGUUCCAGUUCCCUAGAAUCUGCAAUCUAAGGGCUGCUCUUGGGGCAUUAAGCCCCACCCUAAGGUGUAAGGGUUCAGGCAUUAAGAGCGCCUGACCUAGUUGGUUUUGUUUUCAAAGAGCAUGUCACCAUUAUGCAGACCAACCUUUAUAUUCAUUCUGUCCAAAUUGUUUUAUUGUGAUAUCAGAUUGUAACAUUGUUACUAGCUUUCCCGUUGGAAUGGAAAGUUUUAUUUUCAUCUUGGGUUCAUAUGGUUCAGGUCCUACUCUUCGAGUUUUUAAGUUGUCUGCGUGGGUAUCAUAUUAUUUUUGCACUUAUUGGUGAGCUAUUUUUUCAGUUUUUUAUGGUUGGCAUUUGAGUCCUGUACUGUUUAACGAAACAGGAUUUGGAGGCGUAGUGCUGUCCAUAGACUAGGGCUUGGUGUAAGGAACGGCGUGAAUUGACCAUUCCAUUAAAAAACAAAUUAGUCGUAGUUUCAGCAAUACUUCUGCAAAAAAUCGUCAUUCUGCGUCAAGAAGCAAAUCCCGAAAAAUGGAAAAUAUUUUAAAAACUAUUCGGCCGCGGCAUACUGUUAUACAAAAUGUGACCAGAAUUACGGCAGAAUUCAGAUACGAAGAAAUAAAUAAGGAGCUGCGUAACAAAAAUACUUUUUUAUACAUUUAUGAGACAGUCCACCCAUGUCUCUGAAAAGGCUUAAUGCAUUUUAAUAAACUUGAAGUCAUUAGAAAGCGCUUUUCUUAGGCUCUAAAUAAUUAUAGGAGUUAUUCGAUUGUGGUUGCUUAUUUUGCCAUCAGUUGGAUUUUUCUGAUAAUUGCAAACAAUGGAAUGAUUUCAGUUUUUUGUUUAUGUCAUUUGAUGUUGGCAAAAAAUUCUACUUUUCUAGGUAAAGCCCUUUUUAACGACUUUAUUAAAAUGCGUUAAGAUAUGCACAUUUAUUUAAUAACAUAUUCAAACACCCCUUACAAAUUUCCUUGUUUUCGAGUUUUAAAUUUCAAGAUGACAUUUACGCCCUUUGGUGGUUAUUUCAGAAACUCGAAAAUAAUUGUCAGCAUUUUAUCUUUGGCGAUUAACUUUUUGUGUUCGAAUUUCUAGGCGUGCGUGUCCCUAAUACCCUACCUCGUUGCUCUUACUGGGACAUGCGGAAUAAUAACCUAUACCUAAGUCUUAAAACUUUGCUUAUAGAAGAUGACUUAUUUUAAACAUAAAUAAAAACAGGGUGAUCAAAAAGUAACAUUAACAAAAAAAAUAUUGUCAUUUGUCACUGCCAUUGUCAAUUUUAUCGUAUUGAACAUUUUAAAAAAGGGUAAAUUUGGUAGGAAUCUGCCAAUUUGAUAAAGUUGUAAUUUUCGAAAUAUUGUCAUUAAAACGUUUUCCCAUUGUAAGAAUGCUAUACGUAUAUUAAUUGGUGAAAAAGAUAACUCCGAAGCAUGACAGAAAAAGAUAUCAAAAAUCGUUUGCUGAAAACUAUCCAGGCGUGCAAAAACCCAGAACAAAACAGUGUUUAUCAAAUAAUAGAAAUAUUUAAAAAUGUUAGGAUACUUUAAUUUUUAUAUAGUUUUUUCUUUUUAAUUUGUUUUAAUUGCGAUUGGUAUAUUCUUCAUUAUUUAUAUAUUUCUUUAGAAUAAUGUUGUAUAGACAUGAAAGUAGUUUGUUAUAUUAAAAUAACUAUAACAAAAAACAUAUUGCUCGAUUAGUUUUCUUCGCUAUGUUUCGCUGUCAUUUUCUUGUAAGAUUUACAAUUUACAAAUUUAAAAAUGUACAAUUUACAAGUCUAGUCUUACGAUUACCGACACUUAACCAUAUAUGAAAUAUUACAAUAUAUAAUUUUUGUCUAGUUCUGAAAAUAAACAUAGGUUUAAAAUGCUUGUUUUUAUAAAGGGACCUUAGGGGAAAAUAUGGCCAUGAGCUUUAAAUCGUAAGUGAUUGUCAAGCAUUUAAGGCGAGGUUUUUGACUUUUUUUAUAGUCUGGAGAUUUAGACCAUCUAUAAAUAGUCUAAUGUUAAUAAUUACAAUCCUAUUUUUUUGAGUUUCAAUUUAAUUUUAGAUUAUUUUAAGAGGCUAUUAGAAACUAUUUGCAAAUCGUAAUCAUUUUUAAUCAUCAUAUUUACAAUGAAAAAACCUGUUAUUGCAACUAUUUAUACACCCUUUUUUAAAAGCUUAAUAAGAUAAAAUUAUAAAAAUAGGGCAUUUUUAUUUAUUUAUGUAUUUAUUUAUUUUUAAAAUAUCACUACAGACCACUAAGGUGGAUCUUUAUAAGAAAAUACACUGCAGAUAUAUAGCAAAGGAUGGAUUUCCAUCGCAGAAGUCGACAUAGAUGUUGUAUAUAUAACAACACACUAUUAUGAAAGUUUUAAGUCUUUUUAAUCAUUUUCACAGGUUCUGAGAUAAGGUAUCAUUUUAUCUAAAAUUUUUCUCUUAUCAGAUUAAAGAAUGAAGUUUAAGACAAUUUGGAUGCCCAUUAGAUGCUUCUUCGUCUUAAAAUCACAAGAUAUCUUAAACCGUCUUUUACUAUUGUGUCAUAUAUAACUUAUGCCCUAAGUUUGAAAAAUGGCAUUUAAGUUACGAGUGUCAUUUGGCACGCGCGCAGCGAUUGAUCAACAAACGAGUGAAAGGAGAAGUUCAUCGAUUUUUUGUUGCUCUUUCUACAACCACUUGCUUACGUUAGCAUAGUUUAAUUUAUUAAAACACUAACAACAUCCAACUAACAUCUUUUUAAGGGCAAGAAUAACGAACAUUUAAUAAUAAAGCACCAUUCAACGUUCUUCAAGUGAAUUUAAUGGAAGGUCUGCAAGAAAUUAAGGAGGGCAAUUUCGCAGAAAAUUAUGGGAACACAUUGGCAUUUGAAGCACUGAGUCACUCUUUAUAGAUUUUGCUUAUGUGCAUAUAGGAAUCUGUUUUGUGGAUCUUCCGAUGCUGGUUAUGUGGAUCAGGCGAUGUACUCAAUCAUAUUUGGAGGAGGAAUGUGCAUUUUUAAGAUUUCUACUAAUCCUUUGUACUGAUUAUAUUUGAAAAGAUCCUAGUAUUCACAAACCGCCUGAAACUAAGGUGAUCAGGUUUUCCACCAUCAAAUUUCUGAAGACGCCCAAAGUUUUGUACAGCAAUAUCAGGGCAGUGAGUAAAAAGAGUGCUAAUUUCUGUAUCGAACGGAUAUUUAAAGCAAUAUUUUAGAUUUAUUUCCCUAUCUUUUCUUAGAAAAUCGUUUGAUCUGAACAGUCAGCAGAUGUCAGCAAUAUCUUACAUGCAACGCCUAUUGUCUCAAGAAAAACACUAGCACCUAGUCGUUUUAUAUUCAUCACAAUCAGAGCUUUUAAAUGGUCAAAAUUUAUCCAAGUAAAAACUGCAAGCUGUUGCCUAUGUAGAUUUUUGUCAUUAUUGUUGGGUAGAAAAAUGUGUGUAUAUAUAAUGUAUAUGUCUCUUUCGUUUGUUGUGACUCUAUCGAGAUAGGCAUACUGGGACAUUCUUCCUAUUGAACGAGUGACGGUCCUGCUUUACAGCACAUAUGCACUCUUUUACCUUUUUAUUUUAAAGUUUCUACUAUUCUAGCGUGUAAUUUUAGAUAGUCAGGUAAUUGCUUUUGUAAUAUUGUAAGUUAUGCUUCGAUGACUCGUGCUUUAACACAAUUCGGUUGGAAAUAAAUAACAUAAUGAAUACUUUGCAAAGUGUCAAUGGUUGAAAUUAUUAAACAUGAAGCAUUAUGGCUAAAUUAUUUGACCAUAGAAAAGUGUCUUUUUUUGUAUAGGUUUUAUUUUUAAAAUAUUUUCAUACCAUGUAGGAUCAAUAAUGCGAAAAGUCUAAUUAAGGCUUAAUGCAGUCAAACUUAGGCGUUUACAAAAAUGUAACAUUAAUUUUAAUACUUAUUGUCUGAGUUGGUGUUUCCUUUUUUUUUAAAGAAAUUAAUGAGCCUAGCAAUCGAUGAAAUGUCAUGUCUCAAUUUUUAACAACUUAAACAGAGUGUUUGAAAAUUAAUAAAAUAAUUAAUUUAAAUUAGACGUCCUGUAUUUUAUGCAGCACUCAACAACGCUUGCAAAAAAAUUAACUCCUUCAUUCUGCAAAAUGAUUUUAGACAGUAGCCUAAAUUAUGUACAAACAAAAAAAAUUGUGGAAAUAAAGCAGACACAUUUUUAUAUCAGAUGUUCAAAAUAACGAUCUGUGAUCCAAGCGCAUAAUUUUUCUAAAACCUUCAGCAGCAUUUUCCAACAUACGAGGGUUUACCAUUUGGACAGCUUGUAUGAAGCACCGGUUGAGAUCAUCUGGUAUUGUCGGAGGUAACGAUUUCUUUGUCCCCACUAAAGAAUCCGGUGGCAUUAAGUCGGGCGAACUUGGAAUCCAGUUUGAAAAAUAUUUUUUCCAUUGGACCUGUCUUGAAAAUUUCUAUUUAAGCAUAAUUUUUGAACCUUUUGUAUAACAUUCCACAAUUUCAAUAUAAAACUUUAUCAAUUUUUUGGAAUUCCCUAUGUGACAAAAAAUAUUUUUAAAAUGAAGUCUUAGUAUUAAAACAAAUAAAAACCUUAUCCUUACAUGUUCGCGGGUUCAUAACCUAACUUACGAUUUUUUAAAACUGAUUUGUUCUUUUAAGUAUUUUAGAAUUAGAUGUAAAUACUGAACUUCGAAAUGUUUAUAUCGAUAAUGUUAGUCUUAUUUACAUUUUAAGAUUUAGUUCAUAUGUAAUUGUAAUUUUAUACUUAAAUGUUAAUUCCAAUCUAGAUUUAGUAACUUAUAAACAUAUUCGAUAAUGUGUACAUACCUUUUGAUUCAUUAAAUUUCAUUAAAUUUGAAACAGGAGUUUGUUUUUGAAUGCAAACUGAACGUUAGAUGAAGGGGGACAACCAACAUGUUUUUUGGUUGUUGAAAGCAACCAUUAAUGUAGAAAUAGAAAAGUGCUUGGGUUUUUGGGUGGACAGCGUUACGACUAUCUAAUGACAGUAGACAGUAGUUUUAAAAUUGAAGAUAAUAAUUACGCUCUUGGUGGCCAUUUUAUAAUUUUGAAAAUUAUUUCAAGCUUCAUUUUUUUUCAAAUUUCUAGGACGUCCAUUUCCCUAAUACUGUACCUCGUCCUUACUGGGGCACCCGGGAUAUAUUCAACUUAAUUCUGUAAUAACGCGAAUAAAAAUUAUGUUUAUGUUUAUGAUGGAGUAGUUGUCAAAAAUCGUUAAUGAGAGAAAUUAAUUUUCGAGGCUAUACCUCUAUCUUGUGCUGAAGCAGAGGAAAAUGUAGAAAACUGUAAAAUUAAUAGACCACAUGAACAUACUUGCAAGUGCAGAUCAAUCUCAACUUUAGGAGAUAUAUUUUAC